AAGAAGGAAUGCUUCUUGCUGCGAUCCUUGGCCGAAUGGGACAGCGACUUCACGUGGGCAACAGUCGUUUACCCUUCUCAUGUUUUCCUGUGUUCUACUCUUACUGUAUAUAUAUAAAUAUAUAUAAUUAAUAGGUGAACUGUGAACAAGACUGCUCAAUUAUAUCAAAUCGGAGUUGUCAGAACAUGUCCAAUCUUAUGAAGUCUCAGUAGAAUAGCGCACUUGUUUUUGAAUGAUAAGGGUUAGAUUAGUAGACUAUAACUAUAACUCACCAAAUGUUUGCGAAACAGUUUGUGUGAUACAUUAUUUGUGGCAAAGGCUCGCAGAGCCCCUGGCUUAGGCUCUCGGAUUUCGCACAGGCAACGCCAAUUCGUGAAGCCUCUGUUGUGCAGUGCGCCUCACGAAGCCCUUCCCCAUGUCCGACCCUGCGAAACGUCCAAACGCCGACAGCUCAGGUAGGUUCGAUAUGGUUCGAUGCACCGACGGUGCAUCCGGGUCCAAGAAACCAUCAGAAACCAAGAACAUGGACGCUACGAACGGAGCGAUCGGACGCUACGAACGGGGCUCCUGGUCUUACUACUAGGAACAUGGACACUACUAAGAGGGAUCAGAGACCCCAAGUGGAUCAUUAUGGAUAACAGCCUCCGCCGUGCGCGGCUGAACGGUCCGCGCAUCACCGCAGGUGAAGCUUCCAACUGGCGCCAUGUGCACGACACCCUGGCAGAUGCGACGAAGGUGCUUGAGGCGGUGGUGGCUAACUGGGCUAUGGCUGCCAAGGUCUCUGAGAUGCUCCAGGAGGGGCUCUUGACUGCACUGCUCGAGCUGGCAGAAGAGCGACGUGAUGAGGCAACCGUGAUGGGUUGCAAAUUGCUGAUGGCCUACUUCCCACAGGACGCGAAAGCACAAGCCGUCUUGCAAGAGCAAGAAUCCUAUGGCUGGCCACAUGUGCGGGAGAGAGUGAAGUCUUACAUGGAAAAUCCACCGAAGCUCAAUGAAGAACCUGAAGCUCUUCCAGUUGAUCAGCUCCCUUCUCCCCGAAGCUUGGCAAUGACGAGCCUUCGUUCAAAUCCGAUUUCACUUCCUGCUGUUCACAAGACCCCCAGACGCGCCAGGCGCAGGCAAGCUCAUGCUGAGAGCAAGCACGUGCUCUAUGAUGUUGGUAGUGAUGAAAGUGACGAGGAUGAAGACGAGUCCGAAUAGGCCCAGGCGACCUGAGCAUGUACAGUUAUAUACUUUUUGAGCAGGUUUCUGAGUUCGGGACGACGGCUGACAGGCUGACGUGGGCUUGUUCUUUAGCCACGCCUCGUUGGCACGAUGCUCUCCUUAAAGGAGGCAACAUGGACUUUUUCAGUGCCACUAAUUGGAGGGCAAACUUGGUUAGCACGCCGUCCCUGUUGUGUUCGGGCCUGUGGAUACGAUCGACCGGAG